AUGAAUAACCAAGUUCCCACUUAUGGUAGUGAGAAUCAGCCGAAGGCUGCCCUUCACCUUAACAAUGAGGAGAUCCAGCAUUUAUUAAAUAAAAUCUCGAGUGAUGAGCAGAAAGAGUUAACAGAAACCAUGCGAAGUUGCACUUCUGAGGUUGCUAUGACUAGAGGUCUACCUAUUUCUGCUGCCAUAUUAGGGUCAUUGUAUUUCGCUCGCACACGCUUACCUGCGCAGUAUCAUUUCGGACCUAAAGGAUGGGGCUUUUAUGCUAUUAUGGGCAUAGGAUCUAUGACCGUCGUUAACCUUUUCUCUAUGGGCUUAUGUAGAGAACGCAUUCAACCCAAAAUCUCGCAAUUGUGGACGAAAUAUCAACAAGGUGGUAGUAGCCAAACUUAUGAAGCAAUACGAGCUCAGCACAGAAACGGUCAACCAUAUCAACAAGCUCGACCUGAAGUGCAACAGGACUACUAUGACCCACAACAUGGAUACGCUACCUCUCGUCAGCAAUCACACUCUUAUGGAGCACAGGAAACUCAUAGCUCUCAAGGAUAUGACUAUAACUCUUCCAGUAGCGAUGGAAACUCAUUCGAUUUGACACAGGAUGAACCUCAGAAGACUGUUCCUCGUCCUGCACCCCAAUUUUUGUACGAUGAUUCUCCAACGUUCAUGUCGGGUACACCAUCAGGGAACAAAAGAAACGACUUCUAG